UUGGCAUACUGUGAAAUUUUUCCUCUGACAUCAAUCCUGUCCUCUCACUUAGUGAAAAGCGUUUCUCUACAACUACAACCAUGUCUGUUUGGGAUGACUUGGACCUGCUGUUGGACUCCCCCUCUUCACUGACUGUGACAUCCAACACAAGAGGAACUGUGAAGGAUCAUGCAAACUUCAAAGCAGAAGACGAUGUGUCUGCACUAAGGAAGGCAAUAGAGGGCCUUGGUACAACAGAAAAGACUGUCAUUGAGGUGUUGACCAAAAGAAGUCAUGCUCAGCGUCAGCUUAUCGCUAAGGCCUAUGAGAAGGCAACAGGAAGAACAUUAGUAGCCGACAUCGAGGGUGACACACGUGGAGACUUUGAGGACUUGUUAGUGGCCUUGGUAACACCUCCUGCUGUCUACGACUGUCAUGAAGUCAUGAAAGCCAUCAAGGGUGCAGGGACCACAGAGAGUAUCCUGACUGAAAUCUUUGCUUCUAGAUCCAACAAGCAGAUCAAAGCAAUGUCUGAAGCAUACCUGGCAGAAACUGGCAGACUGAUGACUCAUGACCUGAAGUCGGAGGUAUCUGGAGAUUAUGGGAAAGCACUGCUCAUCCUGGCUGAGGGGAAGAGAGAUGAGAGCACCAGUGUGGAUGCUGCCAAGGCUAAGGCAGAUGCUAAGGCCCUGUAUGAAGCAGGAGAGAAGAAGUGGGGAACUGAUGAGGACAAAUUUAUCGACAUCCUCUGCCACAGGAGUAUUCCUCAGCUUCGACAGACUCUGGUAGAGUACAAGACCCUUAGCAAGAAGACUCUGCAGGAGAGCAUUGAGAGUGAGAUGUCUGGCAACCUGGAGAAGCUUUUAGUAGCUGUUGUGAAGUGUGUGAAGAGCGUCCCGGUGUACUUCGCAGAGAGGCUUUUCAAAAGCAUGAAGGGUUUAGGGACCACAGAGUCCACACUGACCAGGAUACUAGUCAGUCGCUCGGAGACUGAUUUGCUGGAUAUCAGAACGGAGUACAAGAAGCUGUUUGGAGAGUCCCUUUAUUCCCAGUUAGAGUCUGAAGUGUCGGGGAGUUAUGGCGACACCCUCAAACAUCUGUGCGGCAAAGACUAAGAUUAACUCCUUCGAACUCCUGUUACGAGGAACACGUGGUACGUGGUGCAGAUGGGAGGAACCACAUCUAAUGAUGACCAGUCGCUGAACUUUCCAGUAACAUCAUACUGAUACAUUUGCUUGAACUAGGCCCUAUAACGACGACUGGAACUAAACAUCUUGAAAAGCUAUUUUAAUGUGGAAUUCCAGCAAUGUUGAACCACACAUUGAUGUUUAGAAAGCUUAAAACCAAAGUGCUUUGCAGACUGAAUGAUUAACAUUUCAAGACCUAAGAAGCAGUCAUUUGUGAAUAUGAUACUGUUGGAUGUGUUUUGGAUUACAUAAAUAUUGUUUGUAUGGUUAUUUGUUCGGCCGAUCGCUCUUAAUCAUUUCAACUGCUUCUUGUAUACUGUAACACAAAUAAUCUGAAA